AUGGCGUCCGGACGCGCGCCCAGCUCAACGCCCGUGCCGACGACAGAGACGGCGGAGUCCGCUGGCGCAACCUCGACCGUCACCGCGCAGGAAUGGGAGUCCAUGUCCAAUUUCUUGAAGAAUGUCUACGACUACAGAACCGAAGAUGGCUACGACCCCACCAAACUCUUUCAACGCAAGGUCAACAAACGCGCGGUGCCCGACUACUACGAUAUCAUCAAGGAGCCCAUGGCCCUUAGCACCAUUAAAUUAAAAGUCGCACAGAAAGAGUACAAGAACUUCUCCGAGUUUGUGCGCGACCUCGCGCUUAUACCCCACAAUGCCCAAGUCUACAAUCGCCAGGAUUCGCAAGCCUAUGUGGAUGCGCUAGAAGUGAAGAAGGUCAUCGAGCUCGAGCUGAAGAAGCUUGUGGAUGAAAAAGUCAUCACAGAGGCCGUCGCGACCCUGCCAUAUCUCGGGGAGAUACCGGAGCAAGACCCGCUACUACCAGAGGAAGAAGAGGAAGAGGACGAGGAUGAUGACGAAGAGGAAUUGGAGGUCGAUGAAGAGGAAGACGAUGAUGAAGAGGAUGAAAGCAAACGCAAGCGACGGCGCGGGCCGCGGUCUUUAGCAGCUAUCACGAAGCGCGAGGGUGGCUCGAGAGCAGCGAAAGAAGACCCGAAGAACGACGAUCCAGAGUCAAGGAAGAAGCGUGGCCGGCCGCCGCGGGUCGAUACACCUAUGGAAGCACGAAUCAAGACCAUCAUGAAGGGCAUCAGGAAGCCUCGAAAUCAGGCCAACAAGCUAAUGGUCAGCGCAUUUGAGCGCGUUCCAGAUAAAGCUGUCAUGCCCGAGUACCACGCCGAGAUCAAGAGCCCCAUGGCCAUGGAUAUUCUUAAGCGCAAACUAAAGCGGAAGAAGUACAACUCGGUAGACCACUUUAUGGUAGACGUGGAGCUCAUGUUCGAGAACGCAAAGCAAUACAACGAGGAAGAUAGUCAGAUAUACAAGGAUGCCGUUCAUCUGCAAAAGGAGUCGCGAAAAAUUGCAAAGGCUGAAAAGGACAAGCCCGAUGCUGACUAUGUCAUGGACGAGGGCCGCAUUCCCAUGCCAAAUGGCAUCCUCCACAAUGGCGAGCUCUGGAAAGUUGGCGAUUGGAUACACAUACAGAACGCAAACGACCUCACAAAACCCAUCGUAGCCCAAAUCUACCGUACAUGGCAGGAUGGCGAAGGCGGAAGAUGGGUAAACGCAUGUUGGUACUACCGCCCAGAGCAGACUGUACACCGUUUCGACCGUCAUUUUCUCGAGAACGAGGUCGUCAAGACUGGGCAGUAUCGCGACCACCGUAUCGACGAAGUGGUGGACCGGUGCUUCGUCAUGUUCGUGACGCGAUACAAUAAGGGCCGCCCUCGCGACUUCCCCCCAGACAAGGAGAUCUAUGUAUGCGAAGCUCGCUACAACGAGGAAAACCACAAGUUGAACAAGAUCAAAACGUGGGCUAGCUGUCUACCUGAUGAAGUUCGAGACAAGGACUACGUGAUGGAUCUAUUCGACGCACCAAGGAGGCUGAAGAAGUUGCCAAGUCCCAUCGCUUACAUGCUCAAAGAUGAGCAGAAGGAGGAUGAUGAUCUUCCAAAGCCAGAGUGGGGUGCUGAAAAUGCUCCCCCCAAGAUUGGCGCUGUUCAUCGGCGCCCUCGCGACCCCAAAGACUCGCCACCACCAGAGCCCACACCGCCUCCUCCACCUACGCCUCCGCCAGCACCCGUAAUGCCUACACCACCCUUACCUGCAGCUACAACGCAUAGCUACGAGUCAUCGAGAAGCUACCCUCUCGCCCAAGCACCAAGUCUCACGCCCAUGCCUGCUCCAACACCCCAACAACACCAUGUUGCACCUGCCUACACACCCACACAUGCGACGCACUAUCAUUCUCAUUCACAGUCACCUGCCCCUCAUAUUCACCAACAAGCACCUGCCGCGCCAGCCUAUCAGUCCAUAACACCCCAUGUGCCCUUCACCCCACAGCCAACUGCUCCUAUGCAGUCCUUCCAGACUCCUCGUCCCGCACCGGGCUAUCAGCAGCCUUACGUUCAGCAACCGCCCUCUGGGUACAAAGCUCCUCAGCCAGUGGAAGUUUAUGUCCUAAACGAUCACGCCAAUAGCAGUAUUCCGCAAGAGAUCCGGGAGCAAUUCCAGCGCGAUGACAAAGGCCGCGUGCUUUUCUUCACCGCGCCACCGCUGAAUGUUGACCAGCCUUUGACUAAGGAGGGUCGCGCCCUGGGCCACUCGGCACGCUAUCUCGCCGCCAAAGCGAAGAAAGAUGCACUGAAAGGUACGAAGCGGAAGGCUGGCGAUGCUGGUGCUGAGGAGCGCGAGGAGACUACCAAGAAGGCGAAGCUUGACGAGGAGAAGCGGUUUAAGUUGGCAGUGUCGGCGCUUGGCACUAAGGCGCUACAAGCUCUUGAGGAUCAGCUUGCCAUUGCUACUAAGUCAGACUUGGAGGCUUUGUUCAAUGGCCGAUCUAAGGAUGGGGUCUCCAAGGUUCUCGACCAGCUCACUGCCACGCAGAAUGAUGCUAUUCAGGCAAACUUGGAGCGUGAACUUCAUAUCAGAGAGCGCACGGCCGCGGAGAAAUUCCCAGUCUCGGGUAUGACGGCGCGGCUGGAGGAGAAGGUUUGA